AUGGUUAAAAAAGUUGGUCUGAAGCCCUGCCGUAUAGUUUAUGGUGUCUGGACCCCCACCCUUUUUUACCUAAGUUUCCAAUCUUUCCUUGCCUCUUUACUGUAUUUAUUCUUUGGUCAAUUCUCUCGAUCUUUCUUUCUUUUCUUUUUCUUUCUUUCUUUCUUUCUUUCUUUCUUUCUUUCUUUCUUUCUUUCUUUCUUUCUUUCUUUCUUUCUCUUCAUUUCUUUCUUUCUCUUCAUUUCCUUCGAACUUUAUUUAGCCGAUGUUCUUUCUUUCUUUCUUUCUUUCUUUCUUUCUUUCUUUCUUUCUUUCUUUUACUUGAAUUUUCUGACUUUCUUCCCCUUUGUUUAUCCGUUCUUUCUUUUUUGUCUUUUUUCUUUCUUCCUUUCUUUCUUUCUCCUUCUUUCUUUCUCUCUUUCUUUCUUUCUUUCUUUCUUUCACUCUCAAAUUCUUUCAUUUUCUUUCUUUCUUUUCACUGGGACGAUCUGCAUAUAUCUUUCUUUCUUUCUUUCUUUCUUUCUUUCUUUCUUUCUUUCUUUCUUUCUUAAACACUCUUUUUUCAUGUUUCUUUCUUUUUUUCUUUCUUUCUUUCUUUUUUACUUAAACGCUCUUUGUUUAUUCGAGGUUCUUUCUUUCUUUCUUUUUUACUUAAACGCUCUUUGUUUAUUCGAGGUUCUUUCUUUCUUUCUUUCUUGCUUAAACGUUCUUUGUUUAUUCGCGGUUCUUUCUUUCUUUCUUUCUUUCUUACUUAAACGCUCUUUGUUCUUUCUUUCUUUCUUUCUUUCUUUCUUUCUUAAACGUUCUUUGUUUAUUCGAGGUCCUUUCUUUCUUUCUUUCUUUCUUUCUUUCUUUCUUUCUUUCUUUCUUACUUAA